GUCUCCUUCUCUUUUGCUAUAAAGAAAGGCCUCCGCCUCUUCUUUUCUUCACAAUUGAAAUUGUUUCGUUUCUCAACAUUCAAAGAAAUUCCCUUCAAUUCUCUCGAAGCCUCUUUUUCAGCCUGUCAAGAUGCAAAUCUUCGUGAAAACUCUUACCGGCAAGACCAUCACCCUUGAGGUGGAGUCAUCUGAUACCAUCGACAACGUCAAGGCUAAGAUCCAGGACAAGGAGGGCAUCCCUCCAGACCAGCAGCGUCUCAUCUUCGCCGGAAAGCAGCUAGAGGACGGCCGUACCCUCGCAGACUACAACAUCCAGAAGGAGUCAACCCUCCAUUUGGUGCUCCGUCUGCGUGGUGGUAUGCAGAUCUUCGUCAAGACCCUCACCGGCAAGACCAUCACCCUCGAGGUCGAAAGCUCCGACACCAUUGACAACGUCAAGGCCAAAAUUCAAGACAAGGAAGGUAUCCCCCCAGACCAGCAGAGGCUGAUCUUCGCCGGCAAGCAGCUGGAGGAUGGCCGUACCCUCGCAGACUAUAACAUCCAGAAGGAGUCAACCCUCCACUUGGUGCUCCGUCUGCGUGGUGGUAUGCAGAUCUUCGUCAAGACCCUCACCGGCAAGACCAUCACCCUGGAGGUCGAAAGCUCCGAUACCAUUGACAACGUUAAGGCUAAGAUUCAAGAUAAGGAGGGCAUCCCACCGGACCAGCAGAGGCUGAUCUUCGCCGGAAAGCAGCUUGAGGAUGGCCGUACCCUUGCUGACUACAACAUCCAGAAGGAGUCCACUCUCCAUUUGGUGCUUCGUCUCCGUGGUGGUAUGCAGAUUUUUGUGAAGACCCUGACGGGAAAGACCAUCACUCUGGAGGUCGAGAGCUCGGACACCAUUGACAAUGUCAAGGCGAAGAUCCAGGACAAGGAGGGUAUCCCACCAGACCAGCAAAGGUUGAUCUUUGCAGGAAAGCAGCUGGAGGAUGGCCGUACCCUUGCUGACUACAACAUCCAGAAGGAGUCCACUCUACAUUUGGUGCUUCGUCUCCGUGGUGGUAUGCAGAUCUUCGUGAAGACCCUGACCGGAAAGACUAUCACUUUGGAGGUCGAGAGCUCGGACACCAUUGACAAUGUGAAGGCGAAGAUCCAGGACAAGGAGGGAAUCCCACCAGACCAGCAGAGGUUGAUCUUUGCAGGGAAGCAGCUGGAGGACGGCCGUACUUUGGCUGACUACAAUAUUCAGAAGGAGUCUACCCUUCACCUUGUGCUGCGUCUGAGGGGUGGUAUGCAGAUCUUUGUGAAGACCUUGACUGGAAAGACCAUCACGUUGGAGGUGGAGAGCUCGGACACAAUCGACAAUGUUAAGGCCAAGAUCCAGGAUAAGGAAGGUAUUCCCCCAGACCAGCAGAGGUUGAUCUUUGCUGGGAAGCAGUUGGAGGAUGGAAGGACUCUGGCCGACUAUAACAUCCAGAAGGAGUCUACCCUUCACCUUGUCCUCCGUCUCCGUGGUGGUUUCUAGGAAGUGGAAGUCUCUGGUGUCACCCUGCUUUUAAUGAAUGUUUCUGUGGUUCCCUUAAAACAAUGUUUUUAAGUUUUUUAUUUUUAAGUUUCAAGUUUCAUGGUACUGUCUCUGCCUCUUGGGGAGGCAUUUAUCUAGUUUGGUUUCCUGGUACUUUUUGUUUAAUAAAUAAAUUUGUUCUUGAGUAAUAAUUUCAUCUCUCUGCU